UGAUAAAAUUGGGAUCUCCAAAUGGAGGCAGCUGUAGUCCAUAUCAUCGAUUUAGUCCCGUUUCACAUCACCAAGAAUAUCGUUUCAUGUGGACUGUGCAGCCUUUCAUUUGGUGUUGUAUUCAAUCCAACAACUGCCAUCUGUACUUUGAGAGACGACCCAGUAGGUCAACAGAUUCCUACAAUAGAGUAGGAUGGGGAUGGUUAUUUGGCGAUCCUCACAUUCGAACAAUGGAUGGGAAGUUGUACACAUUUAAUGGACAUGGAGAAUACAUUGUCAUGAAGACUAAUGAUGAGUCAUUUGUAUUAGAAGGUCGAGCUGAGUCUAUUGGAGAAGAAGUAGAUACUGCUACUGUAUUUACAGCAUUUGCAAUGGCUCAGUUUUCUGCUAGUAAUGAUUUCACAGCAAAUGAUCCCAACUCAACUGUACUACAUGUGCAGCUAACAGCAAACAAUACAAUGGAGGUGUUUGCAAGACAAACUGGAACAGGGCAAGAGUCAUUUAUAGACAUUACGAGCAACUACACAGAGCUAAACAACAAGUCUAUCUUAGUCUUAGACAAUGUUGUCUUAUUAAAGCCAAACAGCAAAACAUUGGAGGCUUUGUUCAGUGCAGGUAUUUCAGUUAGAGUGGAAGCAAAGAAGAGACUGCUGUCUGUUGUGUUUGCUGGUCCAGUAACUCUGAUGGGUGAGACGAGGGGUCUCUUGGGAGUGUGGGAUGAAAAUCCUGAGAAUGACUUUAAAACACGAAAUGGAACUAUCUUGUCUUCUGAUGCUUCAGACAGAACAAUACACUUUCAAUUUGGACUUUCUUGGAAGCUACUAUUGGGUGAAAGUCUCUUCUAUUAUCAAAAUGGUUCAGGAUCUUCUGACGUACCAAUAAUAACUCCACUCUUUAUGGAUGAAGUGAAUCUGACAAGCAUGGCAAGUGAAGCCCUAAUCACAGCAUGUUCUGGUGAUCAUGAAUGUCUGUUUGAUGGUGUUGUGACUGGAGACAUAGAAGUUGCCAUACAGACCCUGACAACAGAACAGACCAACAAAGCCAACUCUUUGAUAUUAGCUAAUAGUCCACCAAUUUUGAUUGGCAACGAGACUCUCUAUGCAUAUGUCAACGACACUACAGUCUACUUGUUUACAGUGACUGAUAGGGAUGAUGAUAGUUUUGAUGUCAUUGUUGAAGGAAGUCUUCCAUCACAAGAAGAAUAUAUAUUUUCGUGGUCUGGUAGUGUAUAUAACUUUACUUGGACUCCCAGGUCUAGACAAAUUGUGAGCAUUCAGUUUCUUGCUAAAGAUUCUACGGGAGCAGCCACUUUGUUACAUCCAGUUGUGAGACUGUGUGGAUGUCAUCGAGAACUUAACGCAACUUGUAUUGAUGGAAAUGAAGAUCGUGGAGAGAGCAAAUUUAUUUUACAGAGUUGUAGCUGUGGUUCAGGUUACGGUGGCACAUUCUGUGAUGAAGAUGUUGAUGGUUGUAAUAAUACUCAUUGUUUUCCUGGUGUUGUAUGUAUUGACAAUCCAGCACCUCUAACUGGAGCCACGUGUGGAGAUUGUCCGAAUGGCACUAUUGCGAGAAAUGGUUCUUGUGUGGAUCUGGACGAAUGCCAAGCUUGGGAAAAUAACAAUUGUGAGCAAAGUUGUAUCAAUAUUAUUGGCAGUUUUAUAUGCAGCUGCUAUGAAGGCUACAGUCUCAGUGGUGAUGGCAAAUCAUGUUAUGGACAGUUGUCACAACCCAGUGGCAUUACACCAACUGCAGCAAACACUUCAGCUUCCAUGUCAGCAGUUGUAGGACUUCUACCACCACCUCCACCUCCAGCUACACUACCAAGCAUUGCAGAGUCCAAGGUGAGUGAUGUGUCAACUCAAACACUAACUGUUAUUGGAAUUUCACCUACAGCCACUAGAGCAAGUAGAUUUAUCGCUCCAAGUCCAACAUCUUUACCUCCAAUUAUUGCACCAAGUAGAACUUUAAGUUCCACGUCUAGUUUCAUGGCGCUUCCAUUGUCACCAUCUCCACACAAUGCAGAGUCCAUAGUUAUUGAUGUUCUGCCAUCUCUAACAACUUCUUUUGGACUUCUACCACCACCUCCACCACCACUUCUUACCAUUAGGCCAAGUCUAGUCAUCAAUCCAAGUCCAACAUUCAGUCAUAGUCAUCCAGAGUUUAUGACUUUGCCAGCAACUUCUACUGUUUCAGCAUUUAUUGCUUCUGCACUAACUCCUACAUCUUCAAAAUUCAUUGCUUCUGUAUCAAAAUCUGACUCUUUGACAUAUGCUCUUCCAGGAACUUAUGUUGUCUCAUCUGCAUCAAAUUUUUCGGCAUUUAUCACUUCGUUGACAACUCGUACAUCUUCAGCAUCUAUUGUUCUUGUGACGACUGCUACAUCUUCAGCGUCUGGUUCUAAUGCGACCACUCCUACAUCUUCAGCAUCUAUUACUCUUGUGAUGACUCCUACAUCUUCAGCAUCUAUUGCUCUUGUGACGACUGCUACAUCUUCAGCUUCUGGUUCUUAUGGGACAACUCCUACGUCUUCAGCAUCUAUUGUUCUUGUGACGACUGCUACAUCUUCAGCGUCUGGUUCUAAUGCGACCACUCCUACAUCUUCAGCAUCUAUUGCUCUUGUGACGACUGCUACAUCUUCAGCUUCUGGUUCUAAUGCGACAACUCCUACAUCUUCAACAUCUGCUGCUUUUGUGACGACUACUACGCCUUCAGUUUCUGGUUCUAAUGCAACAACUCCUACAUCUUCAACAUCUGCUGCUUUUGUGACAACUACUAUGCCUUCAGCUUCUAGUUUUAAUGCGACAACUCCUACAUCUUCGGCAUCUAUUACUCUUGUGACGACUUCUACAUCUUCAGUUUUAGCAACUAUUUCUACAGUGACAACCUCUACCUCAUCAGUAGCUACUGUUCCUGUAGAACCUUCUUCUAUUUUUUCACCAUCCGUUUCUUCUGUGGCAACUUCAGUAUUUUUACCAUUUAUUCCUUUUGUGACAACUCUUAAUUCUGCAAAAACUUCUUUUGCAACUGCUUUGCUAACUAGUAGUCCAGUUACUGCUAUUUUAGUAAGUGCAGCUUUGUCAUCAACCACUACUUUUGCAGUUCUUAUGUCUUCAGCAACUACUAUGUCCAAUAUGUUGCCACAUACAGGCAGUUUUGCUCCUACUGCAUCUAGAGUGACUGUCACUUCUACGUUAGAUUUUACCUCUGCAGCGACAACUUCUUUAGCAACUGCUACUCAUACUUCUGAUGAUGAACUUCAAGUUACUGCAACUCCAGUAGUCCUACCAUCUUCAAUGUCAACACCAGUACCAACACCACUGUCUUUAGCACCACUACGUUAUUGGUUUCCUUUUGGUCAUGAUGUCGGUGAUGAAGCACUCUCUAGAACUGAUGAUGGCUGCACUGAACGGCUAGAUAUUGGUUGUCGUCCGAUACCUGCACUUGGUCGAGUCAUUUAUAGUUUCUUUGUGUGUGCAAAUGGGAUUAUAUCAACAGAGUUUCCAUUUUAUCUUUAUGUCCCUCAGUUGUUCCCGGGAGAUCACAGGCUAGCAGACCGUCUUAUUUUUGCUCCAUUUUGGGUAGAUGUUGAUAGUCGAACAGAAGGAAAUAUCUGGUAUGGUUCUCAUCAUGAGAGUGACAAUAAUGUUACUAAGAGAGCAGACGAACUUGUUCAUGAGCUGUAUUCUGAACACUCUGCGUUUAAGUCAAAAGUUGUUUAUGUUGCAACAUGGGAGGAUGUACCAAACUACCCAGAUGGCAGCCCUUCUUAUGAUGAUGAAUAUUCUGGUUUACGAAAUACAUUCCAAGCAGCUCUCAUCACAGACUAUUUCAAUACUUUUCUUCUCUACAGUUACAUUGAUGUUCAGUUUUCUGGUCGGCAAAGUGCUGUAGUGGGAUAUACAGCAGGAGAUGGCAGGCAGUACUUUAAUCAGCCUGGCGCUCAGACAGAUGCUAUAAACAACGUUGACCAAGUCAAGACAGGUAACUACACAGGACUGUUGUUAUUUCAUCUCACUUCUGCAACUGUUGUCGCUGAAAUGCAAUGUCAUGAGUGGUAUUGUGAGGAUAAAAACAGGUUUGGAAACACAGCAGACUGGCCAUUCAUAUUUCUUCCUUGUCCAUGGACUUUAUCUCAUGCUGCACGCGAUCGUCGAUAUCGUCAAGUAAGUUCUUUAAGCAUAAAGGGAGAGUGCUAUAUCCAACAGUUUCCAUCAUUUCUCUUUAUUGGAAAUAACAUACUGCUGGCAGAGACUGAAUGCUGCUAUCACUCUCAAUGGCUGAAUGUGGGUUCUCCAUUUGGAGGCAGUGCUAGUCCUUACCAUCGAUUGAGUCCUUUCACAGAUGAUAAGCUUUUUCAUUCUCUGUUGACGGUAGAGCCAUAUGACUGGUGUUGUCUUCAGUCUAGCAACUGCCAUUUGUACUAUGAGAGGAGACCUAGUAUACCAUCUUGGUUUUAUUGGCCACCUGGAUGGGGAUGGUUCUUUGGUGACCCUCACAUUCGGACAAUGGAUGGAAAAUCAUAUACAUUCAAUGGGCACGGAGAGUACAUUUUGAUUAAGACUAGUGAUGAAUCAUUUGUAUUGGAAGGUCGAGCUGAACCAACUGGAGCAGGCAAUUCUACUGCUACUGUAUUUACCGCAUUCGCAAUGGCUCAAUUUUCUCCUAGCAAUGAUUUUACAGCUAGUGAUCCUAAUUCAACUGUACUUCAUGUGCAGCUAACAGCAAACAAUACACUGGAGUUAUUUGCUAGACAUAUCAGAGAUAUGUCAUUUGUUAAUAUUACAAACAAUGUCACGGAGCUAAGCAAUACGUCUACUCUAACUCUCGACAAUGUCAUUGUAUCACAGCCAACAGAGGUAGUAUUUGAGGCUCUGUUCAGUUCAGGUAUCUCAGUCCGAGUAGAGGCAAAAAAGGGACUUCUGGCUGUUGUGUUUGCUGGCCCAGUAGAUUUGAUGGGCCAAACAAGGGGUUUGUUGGGAGUGUGGGAUCAAAAUCCAGACAAUGACCUAACAACACGAAAUGGAUCUGUUUUGUCAUCUGAUGCUUCAGACAGGGCAAUACACUUUCAAUUUGGACUUUCUUGGGAAGUAGACUCCAAUGAGAGUCUGUUUUAUUAUUCUGACAACUCAGGCCCUUCAGACUUUAGCUUUCCAGAAGCAAUUCCACUUUUCUUUGAUGAAGUAAAUCUGACAGCGAUUGCAAGUCCCGAGCUUGUUACGGCAUGUGGUGGAGAUCCAGUGUGUCUAUUUGAUGGUGGCGUGACAGGGGACAUAGAAGUUGCUUCACAAUCAGUUGCAACGGAGAAGACAAAUGAAGUGGAUGUGGCAACAUUAGACAACACUCCUCCAGUCGUGACUGGCAAUGAAACUUUAUUUGCUUUUAUCAAUGAUACAACUGCUUAUCUAUUCACAGUGAUUGAUGCCAAUGAUACUUUUAAUGUCACCCUUCGUGGAAGUCUACCAUCACUAGAGGAGUACACGUUCACAAGGGUAGGUGCUAUGUAUAAUUUUACUUGGACUCCCAUGUCUACCAAGACUGUGAGCAUUCAGUUUCUUGCCAUUGAUUCUGCUGGAGCACCCACUCUGUUACAUCCACUUGUGAGACUGUGUGCUUGUCAUCAAGAACUUAAUGCAACGUGUAGUGAUGGAAACGAAGACCCUGGAGAGAAUAGAUUUAUUUUACAGAGUUGUAGCUGUGGACCAGGUUAUGGUGGCAGGCUUUGUGGUGAAGAUAUUGAUGGUUGUAAUGAUGUCGAUUGCUUUCCUGGUGUGGAAUGUACUGACAAUCCUGCACCCUUAACUGGAGCCACAUGUGGUGACUGUCCAAAUGGCACGCUUGCAAGGAAUGACUCUUGUGAAGAUCUAAAUGAAUGUCGAAGCAGUGCAACUAACGAUUGUGAUCAAGUUUGUUCAAACAGCAUGGGCAGCUACAGUUGCCACUGCAAUGCAGGCUACACUUUGAAUGAAAAUGGAAGAUCAUGCAAUGACAUCAAUGAGUGUGCUGAUCUGUCCCGAUGCCAUCAGAUCUGCAAUAACAGUAUUGGUUCUUUUUCUUGUGCUUGCUAUUUGGGCUUUGAACUUGAUGACAAUGGAGUAACAUGCAGCGCGCUUGAAAUGUGUAGAGAACCAGUAGUCUGUGAACAACUCUGUGCUGUGGGUCGUAACGGUGACAACUGCUAUUGUAAUCAAGGAUUUGAAAUUGACAGCAAUAGUCACAACAACUGCAGUGAUAUCAAUGAAUGUGCACAUGAAAAUGGCAACAACUGUGACCAACUCUGCAUCAACACUGUGGGAUCAUUUGUAUGCAGUUGUCGUUCUGGUUAUAUUCUCAAUGCUGAUGGUCAUUCGUGUGAUGAUGUUAAUGAGUGUAUUGCAUUGUCUAAGCCUUGUUCAGACAUGACCCAAAUUUGCCACAACACAGAUGGUGCGUACAGAUGUGACUGUCCUUCAAGAACAUUCAAUUUCAAUGGUACAUGUCGAACUUUGGUUGAAGGAGAAACACCACCACCAACUGAACCUCCAACUAAAUCUCCAAUUACGUCUAGACCGGUGACUUUUACUAAACCGAUACCAACCACGGAGGCAGCGGGAGUUACUGUACAUGUGACAACUACAAUGCUUGAUACAAGUCUUGGGGAAGUUAAUGCAAUAUUUGCCAACCUAACAGUCGCACAGUUUAAUGAGACAAAGUUCAAGAAAGCUGUUGCUGAAGCUGUGUUUAGUUUCUGUAAUGGAAGUGAAGAUUGCUUGCAAGCAAACAAGAAAGAUGUUGGAAAUACUAGCAUCACUGUGACUGACGUCAUCGUUUUAUCCGUUAUUCAAGCUGGAUCUGAUGUUAUUACCACCUUUUAUAUCUUCAGUCCCAAUAAAGCAACCACCGUUUCUGCAAUGACUGUUCUGCAGGCACUACAAACAGCUAGUUCCAGAAGCAGUUUUGAAGCAGUGGGUUUGUCGUUGGCUCAAAUUUCUGUUGUCAAUCUGAAGACUACUGCUACAAGUUUUGCGCCAACUGCGGGUACUGAUUUUGCAACUAAAGGCAGUACUCUUUCUUCUUCAGAGAAAGCAAGCAUUAUUGGAGGUACCAUUGGAGGGGUCAUGAUCAUCAUCGCGGUCUGCUGUGUUGUCUAUUUCAUAAUGUCUUCAAAGAAACGAGCAAAAGUGAAACCACACGAUGACUCUAGUCCAUACGAAUUGCCUCUUGAACCAAUUCAAAGUUCUGUUAGGCAAGAACCAAUUGGCUGAUCAAGAUGAACCCAUGACAUUAAAACGUUUCAUGCAUGUUAUAAUUGAUUGCAAUUGCUGUUUAGAUUACAAUUUCGUUGUGCAUGCGUAUACGCGUACUAGUUUUAGAAUGUGGUGUAGUGACGGAGCCAUUGUCUUUGUCUCUAGAUACUCAUAGACUGCAGUGAGAAAUAUAGAAAAGCUGGUACAGAUCAAUCACGUGAGCUCAAGUGCCUGUAGGAAUAUGGCGGUAGUUUGUCUUGUGUUGUUACUGUAUUUAGCUAUGUGUUGUACGUGUGUUAGUAUGCCCCCAGUGGGAACUGCAUUACUGUGUGUGAUGCGAUAGAAAUAAAUAUUAUUAUUGUCGUGCUCAACCAGAUCAGCCUGGUUUGUAAAGUCUAUUACAAGUACCGGAAGCAAACCCUGCUUCAGAAGUACUUAGAC